CCUGUAGGCUACUCUUGGAAAAAGGUUCAUUGUGGGGUUUUUUGUACUAUGGCUUUGAGCUAUGAGACACACUGACACGGACUUGUUAUUAAAUGGUGAUGAGUGUGGACGUUCACUUGAGGUAGCCUAUUUUACGUUUUUAGCUGGGUUGAGUUUCCCCCCCACGCCGAAUAGGCCUCAUCUUGUUUACAGUCCUUGUUCCUGGCAACAACGUCAUCAAGUGUGUGACAUCCCGGAGGCGGGGACCACAGAGGAAACCACCAAUCAGCAGGCCGGUUGAAGCGCAUGUGGUGCCGGAUGAUUUAAGUACAGCGGAGCCCGACGGCCGCCUGUUAGUAAAGAGGAAACAGAAGCGGAGCUCAGACACAGAGCAGGAAAGACUCCGACACACGAGUGGAAUCAAAACAUCUGAAUUAGUCACUGGACGCUUUGAAUUCAACUAAAGGUACAAAUCGACAACUUGGUACAGUACAGUUCCACUAUUUUUGGAAGUUUUGCUCUGUUUUUAGCUUGGUCUUCAGUAGGCUAUAAUAGGCUAAUACAGCGGGACUUUGUGCUGGAGAUUGAAUCAAUUGGGACACUAAAGCCUCGGUGUCCAAGCAGCAUCUUUGCAGCGCACUCUUGUAUUUGACUGUCUGAUUUGAAAUAUGUCCACAAUAAUGGAACAGCCUUUUUAUGACGACUCGUUUCUCUCUGCUUAUGGCCAUCCAGGCGCAGCCCUGCCAGACUACAAGCUGCUAAAGCAGAAUAUGAACCUGAACUUCUCCGAUUCAUAUCGGAACUCAAACUUCAAGUCACAGCACCUGCGCGCCGAAAGUGAUUUCUAUUCGGCCGGGACGGCGGACGUGGGCUCACUGAAGCUCGCCUCCCCAGAACUGGAGCGACUGAUCAUCCAGAACAGUAACGGGGUCAUCACUACAACACCGACACCUACCCAGUACCUUUUCAACCGCGGGAUCACAGAGGAGCAGGAAGGCUUUGCUGACGGUUUUGUGAAAGCGCUGGACGACCUACACAAGAUGAACCAGAUGGCUCCUCCAAACGUGUCCAUCGGUGGCGUUGCCUGUGGCGUUCCCGGUGGUGUUGUCUGCUCGGCUCCGGCGUCGGUGUUCGGCUCAUCCAUGCAGUCAGAAGCGCUCGAGUACACCACCCUGGGGAGCUGCACCACGAACCCCAGUAUGUCCUCUGCAGCUGGUGCCAGCUAUCCCUCAACUACUAUCAGCUACUUGCCGCACCACCACCAGUACCACCAGCAUCCCCAGGCCAUUGCGCACGGAUCUCACCAUUUCCAGCACUCCCUGGCCAGUGCGGGCCUCCACUCGCAGCGGUACGGCGGAUUGAAAGAGGAGCCUCAGACAGUCCCGGACAUGCAGAGCAGCGACGGGUCUCCGCCAAUGUCCCCCAUCGAUUUGGAGAAUCAGGACCGGAUGAAAGCGGAGCGCAAGAAACUGAGGAACCGGCUCGCAGCAUCAAAGUGUCGAAGGCGCAAACUGGAGCGCAUUUCUCGUCUGGAGGACAAGGUGAAAGUCCUGAAAACAGACAACGCCGGACUGUCAAACACGGCUUCUGUUCUGCGGGAGCAGGUGGCCCAACUCAAACAGAAAGUCAUGACACAUGUGAGCAGUGGCUGCCAGCUCAUGUUAGCGCCCAAAGUAAAGUCCUAUUGAAGAACAAUGCACUUUAAAAAAAAAAAAAAAA